AUGAGGGAUACUUGUGGUGGAAUAUUCUAUAUCUUGACUCUCAAUAUCAGCAUUCUGAGUAGGGAGUGUCUUUCCAUUCAUGUUGGUCAAGCUGGCAUCCAGAUUGGGGAUGCUUGUUGGGAACUCUAUUGCCUGGAACAUGGAAUCCAGCCAGAUGGUGUCAUUCUUGACAGUAAACAGGAACAACUGGAAGAUGCUAAAAUGGAGCCUACAAAUGCAUCUUUCAAUACCUUUUUUUGUGAGACAAGAACUGGGAAGCAUGUACCUAGAGCACUCUUCAUGGACUUAGAACCAACUGUCAUAGAUGGGAUUCGUACUGGGAAGUACCGUUCACUCUUCCACCCAGAUCAGCUCUUUAGUGGAAAGGAGGAUGCUGCAAACAACUAUGCAAGAGGCCACUACUCUGUGGGAUCAGAGGUCAUUGAGCCUGUGCUAGAGAGAAUCCGAAAGCUGGCAAAACAGUGCAGUGGACUGCAGGGAUUUUUGAUUUUCCGAAGCUUUGGAGGAGGCACUGGUUCGGGAUUUACAUCUCUCUUAAUGGAGCGGCUCUCCGUAGAAUAUAGCAGGAAGACUAAAUUGGAGUUCUCUGUCUACCCAGCCCCCAGGAUUUCUACUGCUGUGGUAGAGCCUUACAAUGCUGUCCUCACCACCCAUUCCACCAUAGAGCACUCGGACUGUACCUUCAUGGUGGACAAUGAGGCCAUUUAUGACAUAUGCCAUCGUAAGCUUGGGGUGGAACACCCCUCUUAUGCCAGCAUCAAUAGGCUGAUAGGUCAGGUGGUGUCUUCCAUUACUGCUUCCCUACGGUUUGAAGGGCCCUUGAAUGUGGACCUAAUUGAAUUUCAGACAAACCUGGUACCUUAUCCAAGAAUACAUUUCCCCAUGACGACCUACGCUCCCAUCAUCUCUGCGGACAAAGCCUACCAUGAACAGCUCUCUGUGUCUGACAUCACUGCAGCUUGUUUUGAGUUCUCCAACCAGCUGGUCAAGUGUGAUCCUCGGCUUGGGAAGUAUAUGGCCUGCUGCCUACUAUACAGAGGGGAUGUGGUCCCCAAGGAUGUGAAUGCAGCCAUUGCAGCCAUGAAGUCAGGGAGCUCUGUUCAGUUUGUGGAUUGGUGUCCAACUGGUUUCAAGGUGGGCAUCAACACUCAGCCACCCAUGGUGAUACCAGGAGGGGCCCUGGCUGAAGUCCAGAGGGCAGUGUGCAUGCUGAGCAACACCACGGCAAUUAUGGAGGCCUGGGCCCGCCUGGACCACAAGUUUGACCUCAUGUAUGCCAAGAGGGCAUUUGUACACUGGUACAUCAAGGAAGGCAUGGAUGAAGGAGAGUUCUUGGAGGCUAGGGAAGAUUUGGCAGCCCUGGAGAAGGAUUAUGAGGAAGUGGGGCAAGAUUUCUGAUGUGAGCAUGACUGGUAGAAAUGAGUUAAGUUAAAAUAUCAUGCUUUCUUUUCAAGCCAUUGUACAUGUAGUGGGUACAGUUCUCUUGAGAAGAAACAACAGAAUCAAAUCAGGGAAGACCCUAGCCUGCACACAAAUUGAAUGGGUCAGUAUUAACAAUGAGCAAAAUGUCCAGUGUAACUUGGCUUUGCCACUCAGAGCUUUUUCUGAGGUUUGCAGUCCUUUGAAUUGCUGCUGGAUUACUUCUAGGUGCUGAUUUUUGUGUUUAUUCUUUUGUCAAAAUGAAAACCUUCCUGUAUUCUUUGCUUCGUUAUUAUGUUAAACCAAGAG